GUAGAUACGGGCUAUUGAAUCAAUACGGGAUGUUUUUGAACUCGCACUGCUCUCUUCUUCAGGUCACGAGACGCACACCAUGGGCGGUUGCCACUCGUCUGGACCGAACGAAGCUUUAGUAAUCUCAGGCGGGUGCUUUGACCACGAAUCGAAGCGAACGAUAGUUGGAGGCUGGGGAUGGGCUUGUGCGUGUGUUACCGACGUACAACGUCUGUCUAUGGAGGUGAUGACGUUAAAUCCACAAUGUGAGAAAGUAGAAACAUCACAGGGCGUUGCUAUCACUGUGACUGGUGUUGCUCAAGUCAAAGUGAUGGCAGAUAUGCAGCUUCUUGCAAUAGCCUGUGAGCAGUUUCUCGGCAAGUCUGUCAGGGAAAUCGAAGAUGCAAUUUUGCAGACACUGGAGGGUCAUUUGAGAGCAAUACUUGGCACUCUCUCUGUAGAAGAAAUAUACCAAGAUCGAGAGAAAUUUGCUGCUUUGGUACGAGAAGUUGCAUCUCCAGAUGUUGGGAAGAUGGGCAUUGAAAUUCUCAGCUUUACGAUCAAGGAUAUUUUUGACACUGUGCAGUACCUUGAUUCACUUGGAAAGACACAGACAGCCGAAGUGAAGAAGAAUGCCGAGAUUGGUGUUGCUCAGUCACAGCGUGAUGCAGGAAUAAGGCAGGCAGAAGCGGAGAGAGAACGAGUGGAAGUUCGCUAUGCAGCUGAUGCUGCUAUUGCAAAGUCAAAGAAUGAGUUCGAAUUGCAGAAAGCUGCGUUUGACCAAGAGGUGAACACAAAGAAGGCACAAGCAGAAUUGGCAUAUCAACUGCAGGCAACAAAAGAGCAGCAAAGAAUCAGAGAAGAAGAAAUUCAGAUAGAAGUUAUAGAACGAAGAAAGCUGAUUGACAUCGAAGAGCAGGAAAUUGCAAGAAAGGAGAAAGAGCUGGUGGCAACCGUCAAACGACCAGCAGAAGCUGAAAGCUUCAAGGUUGAAACAAUCGCCCAAGGAAAACGAACUCAAACUGUUGCAAAAGCUCAAGCAGAAGCAGAAGCAAUCAAACUAAUUGGUGCAGCCGAGGCAUCCGCUAUUGAAGCAAAGGGAAAGGCAGAAGCCGAGAGGAUGAGACAGAAGGCAUCUGCAUACAAGCAGUAUGGUGAUGCCGCCAUGAUGUCUCUCAUCUUGGAAUCACUACCAAAGCUUGCAGCUGAGGUGGCCGCACCAUUGGCAAAGACUGACCAAAUGGUUAUCCUUGGUUCACAAGACGGCGUUGCUGGAGAAAUAACCAAACUGAUCGGACAACUUCCUCCUGCGGUUCAGGCACUCACUGGAGUUGAUUUGUCAGGAGCUUUGGGAAAAAUUCCGGGUGCCAGAUCAUGAAGUACUUGAUGUGUUGUCAUCUACAGAGUAUAAAAACUCAAUUGCUACGCUGAUUUAGACUUGCCUAAUUGGUGGAUGGAAUUGCAGCAUUGAUGCCUUUCUUUUACACUUGCUUCAAAUACCAUGUCUAGUUUGCUGAAACAUACAAGAAAUAUCUAAGCUAAACUGUACACAA